AUGUACCUCCACCAACUUCUAAUUCUCCACCCCCCACCAUCAUCCAAUGCACCUCCACCAACUUCUAAUUCUCCACCCCAACCAUCAUCCAGUGCACCUCCACCGACCUCUAAUUCUCCACCCCCACCAUCAUCAAAUCCACCAAAAAGUUCACCUUCCCCACCACCACCAACAUCUGAUCCACCUGCAAGUUCGCCUCCACCACCGCAAUCCCGUCCACCAGUGAGUUCACCUCCACCACCAUCAUCAAAACCACCUGAGAAUUCACCUCCACCUCCGUCAAAGCCACCGGAAACUUCACCACCACCACCCCCAUCAUCAAAGCCACCUGGGAACUCUCCUCCACCUCCAUCAUCAAAACCACCUGAGAAGUCACCUCCGCCUCCAUCAUCAAAUCCCCCCGAAACUUCACCACCACCAUCAAACCCGCCAGAGAACUCACCCCCACCUCCAGCAUCCGUGCCACCCAAAAGUUCACCUCCACCACCAGCAUCAGUACCUCCUACAAAUGCGCCCCCGCCUCCUAGGCUUACUCCUCCCAUUCCACCCGGUUCUCAACCAACCCCUUCACCCCCAAAUUCUCCUCCAAAGUCAUCACCUCCACCACCCUUAAAAAGACUGGCACCACCUUCACCCUCGCAUGCUUCUCCACCAGCACCUUCUCAAAUUCCAAGUCCACCAACCUCAAACACUUCCAGUCCUAAUGCACCACCAAGUUCAAAUGCCACAGGUAAUGGGGGCCUUGGUACUGGAGGUGUAGUGGCAAUUGGUGUAGUGGUUGGGGUAAUAGUGCUUAGCCUCAUUGGAUUGGCUGUAUGGUGCUUGAGGAGGCCAAGGAAAAAGAUAUCUGGAGAAGGUUAUGCUAUGACAUCUCUAGCUUCUUCCCCUAGAUCAGAUUCAUCCUUCUUGAAGACACAUUCUUCAGCUCCGUUUGUUGCAAGUCAUUCUGGCAGUGAUUUCAUGAAUUCUCCACCAGAACCAGCAGGAUUAGGCAAUUCAAGACCAUGGUUUACUUUUGAAGAACUAGAUAAGGCGACAAAUGGGUUUUCAUCUCAGAAUCUUUUGGGUGAAGGCGGAUUUGGUUCUGUUUAUAAGGGAUGCCUACCAGAUGGGAGAGAGGUGGCAGUAAAACAACUAAAGAUUGGUGGGGGUCAGGGUGAGCGAGAAUUCAAAGCCGAAGUUGAGAUUAUUAGUCGCAUACACCACCGCCAUUUGGUUUCUCUGGUGGGUUACUGCAUUUCUGAGAACCGAAGGCUGCUUGUCUAUGAAUAUGUCGCUAAUGAUACCCUAUAUUUCCAUCUUCAUGGGGAAGGUAGGCCAGUUCUGGAAUGGGCAACACGAGUUAAGGUUGCUGCUGGUGCAGCUCGUGGGAUUGCUUAUCUACAUGAAGACUGCCAUCCUCGAGUUAUUCACCGCGAUAUAAAGUCUUCAAACAUUCUUUUAGAUAACAACUUUGAAGCUCGGGUUUCAGAUUUUGGACUUGCCAAAUUAGCUCUUGAUGCGAAUACACAUAUUAGUACACGUGUCAUGGGAACUUUUGGAUACGUGGCCCCUGAAUAUGCAUCAAGUGGCAAAUUGACUGAGAAAUCUGACGUUUACUCUUACGGAGUUGUGCUUCUGGAGUUGAUUACUGGACGGAAGCCUGUCGAUACUUCACAACCCUUGGGAGAUGAGAGUCUAGUUGAAUGGGCUCGACCAUUAUUGAGUUAUGCUCUUGAUAAUGAGGAGUUUGAAGGUGUGGUAGAUCCAAGGCUCGGAAAGAACUACAUUGAAAGUGAAAUGUUCAGAAUGAUUGAGAUUGCUGCUGCUUGUGUGCGGCAUUCAUCUGCUAAGAGACCACGAAUGGGACAGGUUGUUAGAGCUUUUGAUAGUUUGGCUGUUUCCGAUUUAACCAAUGGAAUGAGAGUGGGGGAAAGCGAGGCAUUUAACUCGGCACAACAAUCAGCUGAAAUUAGAUUGUUCCGGCGAAUGGCAUUUGAUAUGGAUUGGCUCAGCUGGGAGGACCCUGAUCUGUCUGAAACUGAAACUGACUGCAUCAGGGAGAGGGAGCUUUCUUUGAAAGUCGAGCUCUGUGACACCUUUAUAAGGAAACGCUUAAAGAUAUCAAAGAAAUCUUCCACCAAAAAUGUAGAAGCCAAGCAACAACAGCUUUUUAUUAUAUUUUGGAUAGCCCCUGUUAGAAGCAACAGUGAUGGAAGGCAUGACUCGUAUACAGCCUUUUUAGCAAUCUGCCACAUAUCAUUCCAAUUGCUUCACCCUUCCUAUUACCUCCCUGGAAGAGAAGGAACUUAUUCCUUAACAGCAGGGUCAGGGCUUCCUUGCAAGCUGAUAAAAAAGACAAGAGACUACACCAUGAAGAAGCUUCAGCAAAGAAAGAGGAAAGAGAUUGUAGUGGAAAGUCAAGGAGAAAUAGUACUAGAUCCAUUCAAGGAUGACUUUCUAAGUAUUCUUGGAGAGUCCAUAAGGCCCAUAGAGGCAGGCCAUAGUUGCAGAUGUUGCAUGGAGGAGGUGGACAAGGUGCUGCAGGAGUUAUCUCAGAGAGGAGAGUUUGGAUUUGGAAGCUUUUGGGGUAGAAGAGAAAUGGGUCGUUCCCCAAUUCAUCAUUCAGCAGAAGAUGAUCAAUUUGACAGUAGAUUUGUGCAGUUUCAAUUGAUUGAAAUGGUUGGCUCUGUCAGUUAUUGA